GUCUCGUGGAGGAAAAUCAUAGCUCAUACGAUGGUUGUUUGUGACGAGAGCUUUGCACCAGGGUGGGUUUUGUGUACUCAAUACGAAGCCCAUCUCGUGUAUUAUACCGGCGCAAAGUUUCAUAAAUUAAAAGAUGGAUAACAGUCCGCCACCGCCUUCGGCGCUCAACAAUUUCCGGAUCAUGUAUCUCGUUACGCAGUUGGUUGGGAUCACAAUCAUCAUUCUGGUGAGUUGUUGGAUCGGUAUCCAUCUUAACGGGUUAGGUUGGUCCUCGCGACCAUCACUGCAGUUCAACUGGCAUCCUCUGCUAAUGUCGGUGGGCAUGAUCUUCCUCUAUGGGAAUUCUAUCCUGAUCUACCGUGGAUUCCGCUAUGCACGCAAGAAGCCGCUAAAAAUAAUGCACGCCACCAUCCAUGCAGCUGCCUUUAUCUUUACGGUAAUCGCUCUGGUAGCCGUCUUUGACUCGCACAAUCUCGCUAAGCCGCGACCUAUUCCAAACAUGUACACGCUGCACUCAUGGGUCGGUUUGUCUGCCGUGCUAUUGUUUUCGUUGCAGUACGUCUUCGGAUUCUCAUCAUAUCUAUUCCCUGGAGUUCGGGAACAGCUACGAUCUUCUUACAUGCCUGUACACGUGUUCUUCGGAAUUGCCGGCUUUGUGAUGGCUAUCGCAGCGGCACUACUGGGAUUACUAGAAAAGGCUAUUUUUGCAGUCCCAGACUACGCCGUUUUGCCACCGCAGGGCAUCCUAAUCAACACGAUCGGUUUAUUAUUCAUCGUGUACGGUGGAUUAGUUGUAUUUUUGGUGACCAAAUAUCAGUACAAACGGCAUCCACUGCCUGAGGAUGUUAUGCUCCUUACACAUAGUGCUAGCGUUGGAUCAUCUUAAUCUUCUGUUGCGGUGCUUGUAUAUCCAACGGUGCUUGAUGUUCAGACUUGACACGUCUUUUAUGAGUUAAAAUACACAUUCCACAAUGAACUGUCGUAAAUCCAUCCGCGUUGUAUUGAGCAGUUGGGGAUUAAGUUGUGGAGGCUUGUACUAUUAUAAACAAGUGUUUGUAUAAUUAGUUUUUAUGAUGAAAAGCAAAGGGGUUAAUAUUAAAACAUAUGUACUAUGCAUGCAAUAUUCAUCUAUUCGUGAAAAGAUAGCUCGUGAAACGAUAGCCUCAUUUGAGGCACUGCUACUAAUCUGUGCUUAGAUUGUUGUACACAUUUGUAUUCUUGUGUA